AUUCCAAUUCCAAUUGCUUUCUUCUCUUACAACAAGGAAGGUGGGGCGGGAGCGCCACCUUCUCCGCCCUUGCCUUUUUGCUCUGCUUCGCUAGCAUCCUCUCUCUCCAACGAAGGGAGGAUUUCGCUUCUGUUCUUCCGAACUGGAAGAGUCCUCAUCGAUUUGAAAAGAUUCCGCUUUGAUGAGCUACCGGACAAGAUUCCUUCUUUGGCCAAACCUUUAGCUUAGCCCUUCCUCCUUCUCAGGUACUAAGUCACUGCUUCUCAAACCAAUGGGGGUUACCAACUCAAAGAUUGAAGAAGAGAAAGCCCUUGUAUUAUGCAGAGAAAGGAAACGAUUUGUCAGACAUGCUAUCGAUGAAAGGUGUUUACUAGCCGAUUCUCAUUUUUCUUAUGUUCAGUCCCUCCGAAAUACUGGAAUUGCACUCCGAAAUUUUGUAGAACCUGAGUUCCCUGCUGAAUCUUCCAUGUAUACAUCAACAGAUGCAACACCUGAGCCUCUCGCUUUAACUGAGAAGGCUGUUUCCCACUUCUCUAACUCAUCUCCAUCUAUUUCACAACGAUUGGAUGCAACUGAAUCAUUUCCCCCAAUCCCUUCUCCUCUUUCAUCUGGGCGCAUUCAUUUAAAUCAUAUGAAAUCAGGCAAAACUUCUGACUUGACAGUCAAGGAGAAACUUCCUACUUCAGUAACAGCCACUCUGGAGUCUUCAAUCAACACUUCAAAGCACGUUGUCUCAGAGCUUGAUGAAAUUUCAUCCUUUGAAGCUUCACCAACACCUCCUACAGCACAACGAUGGGAUUAUUUUGGCCUUUUUGAUCCCAUUGGCAACCAACUUUCCUUUGAAAGUGGGAGAGGAUUAGAUCAUGGUUUUGAUAACGCUGAUGAAAUUGGACGUCUAAGGGAAGAGGAGGGCAUACCAAACCUGGAAGAAGAUGAAGACAGAGACUCCACAAAUGAAAAAAUUGACCUGGAGUCAGAAGAUGAUUUUGAUCAAACAACCAAAGAACCCUUAGUACAAAUUUUCAAGAACAAAAAUGUCAUUUUGGAACAGCAACUAAGAAGUGAGUCUCCAGCCAUACUAGCUGCAAAAGAUACUGUUUCUGAAGGUAAUCACAAGGAUGAGGACAAUGUGAAGCUCACAAAUGGUAUCUCUGAGACUUACAAAAUUCCUGAAACAGCACGGACAAAAGCAGCACCUCAGGUCGCUGUCUUUCCUAUUAAUGGGAAGGCUCAAAAGUCUGAAUCAGUAGCUAAUCAUGAGACGAAAGAUUUUGUGUCAUGCAUAAAAGAAAUUCAAGAGCUAUUUCUGAACGCUUGUGAAUCUGGAAUAGAAGUUCCUAGGAUGCUGGAGGCAAACAAAGUGCAGUUUCAGCCUCCAUUUCCUGAAGAAAAAGCUUACAAAACAAAGGCAUCUGUAUUCCUCACAUCCUGUUUCACUUGUAUAGAAGAUGCGCCUCAUCCUCCAGUUGCUGCUGAAAAUGAUAUGAAGUACAUAACAUGGCAUAGGUCAAUGUCAUCUCUCUCCUCAUCAUCUAGGAGAUUUGUUGGCCCUGCAGCAAACAGUGAUAUUGAUGACCUGAGCAGCAGUAAUAUUUUCCAUUCAUAUAUGAAUUCAGGUAGCCAUGCGUCAACAUUAGAUAGGUUAUAUGCAUGGGAGAGAAAGCUUUACGAUGAAGUUAAGGCAAGCGGUGUCAUACGGAGGGAGUACGACUUGAAGUGUAAGCUAUUGAGGCAUAAAGAGUCCGUAGAAGAUAAUCGAAUAAAAAUUGAUAAAAUCCGUGCUUCUGUCAAGGACCUUCACUCUAGAAUUCGUGUCGCUAUCCAGAGAAUUGGUUCGAUAUCAAAGAAAAUAGAGGAAAUAAGGGAUAAGGAGCUCCAACCACAGCUAGAGGAGUUAAUUGGAGGUUUGAUUAGAAUGUGGAGGAUGAUGCGUGACUAUCACAGCCGUCAGUAUGACAUUAUAUUGUUGGCUAGCAAUAACAGAACAACAAAAGUUGCCGUUCGAUCCGCACCACAACAUCAUGUUAUGUCUCUUCUGUAUGAAUUGAAUUCUCUGAGUUCAAAUUUCUCGCAGUGGAUGUCAGCACACAAAUCAUACCUUACGGCCAUCAAUGGUUGGCUUCACAAGUGCAUCGAUUUGUCGCAGAAACAUGGCAGGUCAUCUAGGAAGAAGCCCCAACCCUUCUCUCCGAUGCGACACAUAGCUCCACCGAUCUUCAUGACUUGCAAAAUUUGGUUGCUCCUGCUACAUGAUCUCCCAACCAAGGAAGUGGUCUCUUCAAUAAAAGACAUGGUGAACGUACUCUCCCAUUUCUUGCCAACCCAAGAAAAGGAUCAUGGUACUCCGAGGUCGACCUUCUCAUUACCACGCGAGGCAGUAAAAGGCAGACUCGGAGAAAACAACCACCCAAAUCCUUCUUUCCCCGUUGAUUGGAGUCUGAAUUAUGAUCAGUUGCAAUCAGCUCUCACAAUCUUCCUAGAUAGGCUGAGGACUUUCGCCGAGAUAUCUGCCACAAAGUAUGAAGAGCUACAAACUUCGGUCAAUUUGGCUCGAGAUCAUUACGAAAGUAGUCAGUUUGCAUCAUGAAGCUUCUUCAUCAAGUCAAAAGGAACAAACUGUACAAAUCUAUGUUAGAAGUGUCAUUGGCAAGUAAGUUUCCUUGAAUAAGUUAAUUGGUAGUCUGAAGUACUUCAAGUAUGUAUGUAUAUAUGUAUGUAUAGAUUGUGCUGAUUGGAAGGCUACUGAUUAGUUCCCUCUGUAUAUCUUUUGGUAAUAAAGGGGUUUUGUGAUAUUCAUGAA